AGAAAAAUAAUACUUCCGGGAAAAGGAAAGAAACACACGUGUGGGAACAUUUUACAGUUUAUAGCUAACUAUUAUUAUUAUUAUACACUUAAGGCAACUUAUUUGAUAUCGAUUUAAACAAGCGCUCCGUCUUUAAAAUAAGUAUUUUACGAUGGCUCCGCCAAGGAGUAAGAAGAGGAAGCCAAGCUUUCGCAGGCUACUGAAGACAAGCAAUGUGAAGCUUGACAACAAGCUAAAGAAUCGUCAGUUCAAGAAAGAGAGCAACGACAAGAAACACCGCAAGGAGCAGAAGAAGCUCCGGGCAGCUAUCAAAGAUGCUGUCUUGAAGACCCCCCUCCCUCUGGAGCGCUACAAGAAGAGGCCAGAGGAUGAAGAGGAGGAGGAGUUUGUGGAGUCCCUGCCAUUGGACAUGAUGGAUGAAGAUGACCUGGAGCAGAUCAAGGCAAUGGCUCAGAAAGCCUCCUUUCUCACCAGAGACCUGUCGUCAAGUGGUCCAGUGCAUGCCAAAAAGCGCAAGGGGGAGCAGCAGGGGCCAGAGACUUAUGAGAAGAUGCCCAGAAARAUGCAGCCAACAGAGGAAAAGGAGCUCAUUCACCUCCUGCCAAUCAAAGACAAGAUUAGAGGCCUCAUCCCUCAGAGCAUGGAGAAACCUGUUGUAGCAAAAAAGGCUGAGGAGGAGGAAGGAGGUGCCCCRACUGGCUUGGAGCAAUUUGAAAACGAGGAUGAGGCUGUGCCCGGGCCGGCCCUGAACCCUCAGGAGCAGCUGAAGCUMCGCACACAGAAGCUGACCAUCAGGAAACUACGCAUCGCUAGUCUGGGAUCAGACAUCCUCUCAGACCCCACCACCAACAUUAAGAAGCUGAAAGAGCUGCGAGCCAUGCUGAUGGAGACCGACCCCUAUGUGGCCGUGACGGUCAGAAAGCUGGUCAUGGUCUCUCUGAUGGAGGUCUUCAAGGACAUCGUCCCCUCCUACAGAAUCAGACCCCUGACCGAGACCGAGAAAGCCUCAAAGGUGAAGAGAGAGACCCAGCAGCUGAGGGAGUUUGAGGAGGGCUUGGUGAGCCAGUACAAGUUCUACCUGGAGAACCUGGAGCAAACGGUCAAAGACUGGAAGCAGAAGAAGAGAAAGAGGAGCGAGGCGGUGUCACUGCAGUCCUAUAAGGGCCUGGCUGAGGUGGCCAUCCGCUGUAUCUGUGAGCUGCUGGUGGCCCUGCCACACUUCAACUUCCACAACAACAUCAUCGUCACGGUGGUGCCCCUGAUGAACGACCCUGUCAAGAGGGUGUCUGACAUGUGCUGUGAAGCAGUCAAGAAGCUACUGAAGCAGGACAAACAGGGCCAGGCCUCACUWGGGACAGUCAAAGUUAUCUCCGGACUGGUCAAAAGCCGAAACUAUGACGUCAGACCAGAGCUACUCAAGGUUCUCAUCUGCCUGAGGAUAAAGGAGGUGGAGGUGAAGAAAGAUACAGAUGACACAGCUCCCAAAAAGAAGUUCAUGAACUAUAAAGACAAAAGGAAGAAUCUGUCCAGGAUGCAAAGGAAGUGGAAGAAGGCUGAAGAGAAACUGGAGAAAGAGCUGCUAGAGGCUGAGGCAUCAGAGAGCAAAGACAAGAAGCUCAAACUGCACACAGAGACCUUGAACAUAGUGUUCUUGAUAUACUUCAGAAUACUGAAGAAAGCUCAAAAGUCGAUCCUGCUUCCCGCUGUUUUAGAAGGUCUGGCAAAGUUUGCCCAUCUGAUCAACCUGGAGUUCUUUGAUGACUUGUUGAACGUUCUUCAACAUCUUAUCCAGUCAGGAGAUCUGACCUAUCGGGAAAGCCUUCACUGCAUUCAGACAGCUUUCAACAUUCUCUCUGGUCAAGGUGAUGUCCUCAAUAUUGACCCACUGAAGUUCUACAGCCACCUGUACAAGACACUGCUCAAACUCAAUGCUGGUGCAUCUAAUGAUGACAUCAGCAUCGUGCUGCGUUGUCUCGACGUGAUGCUGACCAAGCGCAGGAAACAGGUGACCCUGCAGCGCGCCCUGGCCUUCGUCAAGAGACUGAGCACGCUCAGUCUGCACACACUGCCCAACGCUACCGUGGGAAUCCUGGCAUCCAACAGGACGUUGAUGCAUACCUUCCCCAAGUGUGACAUCCUCCUGGACAAUGAGGCUCAGGGUAGUGGGGUGUUCCUUCCUGAGCUGGAUGAGCCAGAGUACUGCAACCCUCAGAAUACUGCCCUGUGGGAGCUACACACACUCAAGAGACAUUACCACCCAGUGGUCAGGAGGUUUGCCACUCACCUCUGUGCAGGGGCUCCUAGUGAAGGAUCUGGAGCGCUAAUCGUUCAACUCGCUAGAAGGCACCCAGUGGAGCUGUUUGAGGACUACAGAGCUAAAGACAUGACCUUCAAUCCUCCAGUGGCAGCGCCUACCACAAAGAAGAAGGAUUAUUUCACGAUAGGCCCUACCCUGCUGGAUGAUACAUUAAAGCAGCAGAUUGAUCGUGUUCUCUCAGYGGAGGAAGAGGAUCCUAUAUCGCUGGAUUUCUCUGCAGUUCUACCGCAGACCAACAGCACAUAAUACUUCAGACCCCACCGGAAAACACCCCCUUUCCUUUGUGCCCUGUAUUUUAGUUCUAAAUGGACUGUAAAAUAACCGUAUGCUGGUGACAUUGCUUUUUGAUCGUUCUCUUUGCUGUUGUUCAGACAUUUUUGACAAGAAUGGAUACAGUUAAGUGUUGAGUUAAACCACCUGCCUCAUUGAUUACUCAUAUCCCUGACCUACAGUGCCUUCAAAAAGUAGUCACACCCCUUGACUUUUUCCACAUUGUUACAACCUGAAUUUAAAAUGGAUUACA